CUGUUUGCUAAGCAGGCAAAAUAAUACGGAGUAGGCAGAGGAAAAAAGAAUGGCCACGUCCGAGUGUCAUGCGACGGAGCCGACUCGGCCAAGUCACUUGAUCUGUAUACCCUGCAAAAGCCAAGUGCAAAUGCUCGAUUGUUACUCUUUGCAGUUAACACCCAGCAGGGCACCUCAACGGUUUUUUCACCAGCGAUCAUCUGCGGGAGGAACACAUGUUCUAGGCCCACGGCAAGUCGUAACCGCCCACCGCCACUUUGGCAGAGGAAUGAUGACUCGUAUGUCCAAUUUAAGAGUCCUCAUUGCAAUCUUUGCUCGACUGGGCAAGAGUCAGAUCAGCAUAAUAAUAAUAAUAAUAAUAAUAAUAAUAAUAAUAAUACGGAGUAAUAAUAUAAUUUUACUACCCAUAGAUUAUUCCGUACUCUGUACUACGAUGGAUUUAUUGACACAGCAACUGUGCUUUUGGAUCUAUCUGGCGGUGACCCGACCACUUGCGUCACCCAAGACAAAAACUCGUUUGUCCCGGUUCUUUGUCCAAGGGCAACUCGGACGAACUGCGACAGAUGAGAAUAUAUUAAUUACUGGAACUUGGUAGCGACUCUAGCGAGAGUUGACAGGAAUCAUAAUGCCAUCCUAGCCUUGGCACUAAGGCAUCUCCCCUCGCACUUUUAUUCCCGGUGUUUGCCAUGUCAUCCAGAGCACCUGAAUGAUGCGAGUGGACUGACCCUGGCCCUUCUGGCGGCUCCACUUGGGCUGUCAACCCCGAGGCUGCGCAGUGCUGAUUGGCUUCUUCGUUGUCCCUGGGUCCAGUGUCUCCUCUACCUACCGCCUCUGUCGGAACAAUACUUUAAAGCAAGCCACCGUUGGCC